AUGUGGCUACGACAAGCGGGGUUCAAAGCCGUCCGUCACCAGGAAAUUGCCCUGCCACUGAAUCAAUGGAACCAAGUUGCUAGUGAUACUGGCGCUGUCUGCAUUGUGGAAAUGGUAGAACCCAAUGUCAAAGUGUUCACACCGGAUAGUUUGGAGCAAGAAGGGCGCGCACCACCCAUCAAAAACCGGAUACAGGAAACCGUCAAGUCCUCGCUGGCUACCUACCAGUUUCCCCCAUCCGCUCAGGACCUUGAAUGGCAGGCGAGCUUUAGUGCCAAUAAUGCAGUGGAUUGA